AUCCUUCAAGCAUUUCCCUUUUUUAGAUUUGGCCUAUUUGUUUUCUCAAUGAGAAAGUCUUCCACUCUGAAAUGCGCACUUGUGCGCUUCGUUGUUCCCUUGUUGCUUAUUGCCAUCUUCUGUUAUGCUCCUUCUGCUAUAGCAACAACUGAAGUUUCAGGGAAUGAAGUGAACACUGAUGGGAAGCUUGUAAAUGAGCAACUGACAAAGACAAGCCUAGGAGGACAUAAUGAAGAAGAAAAAUUCAAAGGAUUUUUUUUCCCAAAACCAAUUCCAAUUGUUAAGCCUUUCCCUAAGCCUAUUCCAAAGCCAAGUCCCAUUGUUAAGCACAUUCCAAAACCAUUUGUAGUGAAAAAGCCAAUUCCUGAUGUUGAGCCAGAGUUAAUUUUUAAGCUACCGCCUUUUACUAAAACGCCUUUACCUAAAUGGCUACCGCCUUUUCGUAAAAAGCCUUUACCUAAAACGCCUUUUCCUAAAGUGAAGAAAUCAAAAUUUCCAAAACAUUCACCACCACCGCCAAUGCACAAGCCAAUUUCAACUCCAUAA